GGGGGGGUUGCGUGUCGGUGUGUCAAAAGGACACGACAGUUGACUUCCGGGUGCUAGCUUAGCCACGCUUGCUAGCGAGUUGGCUGACCGUCGCCUUGGUAACGCAGCACGCCUUCGCCCUGCACCCUGACCUGUGGAGGAGACUACAAACUCCUGCGCUGAAAAUAGCCUCAAUUAAAAGCAUUUACACCGCAGAAUAUGCCCUGCCGUCUGUUGUCACCUGCUCUGCCACCAUGAAGACAAGAUUCACCACUGUGGAUAUCAGGGCAGUUAUUGCCGAGGUCAAUGCCAACUACAUCGGCAUGAGAGUAUACAACGUGUAUGACAUCGACAAUAAGACGUAUCUCAUCCGGCUUCAAAAGCCUGACAGCAAAGCUGUUCUCCUGGUUGAGUCUGGGACACGAAUUCACUCUACAGACUUCGAAUGGCCCAAGAACAUGAUGCCUUCAGGCUUUGCAAUGAAAUGUCGAAAGCACCUGAAGUCGCGUCGGUUGACGCAGGUUAAGCAACUCGGGAUUGACAGGAUUAUUGACAUCCAGUUUGGCUCAGAUGAGGCUGCCUAUCACCUGAUCAUUGAACUGUACGACAGGGGCAACAUCAUUCUUGCAGACCACGAGUACACCAUCCUGAAUCUGCUGCGGUUUCGCACAGCAGAGGCAGAGGAUGUUAAGAUUGCUGUGAGAGAGCGGUACCCUGUGGAGAGCGCCCGACCCCCCGAACCUCUCCUCAGUUUAGAGAGACUCACUGAAAUCCUCAGUGGUGCACAGAAUGGGGAUCAAGUGAAAAGGGUCCUAAACCCUCACCUCCCCUAUGGAGCCACUCUGAUUGAGCACAGUUUGAUUGAGGCGGGAUUGUCGGGCUCUGUUAAAAUUGACAACCAAGCUGAUGCUGCCCAAGUUGCUCCUAAAAUCCUGGAAGCUCUGCAGAUUGCUGAAACAUAUAUGGAAAAGACUGAGAACUUCAGUGGCAAAGGUUACAUCAUUCAAAAGAGUGAGAAGAAACCAAGCUUAACUCCUGGCAAGCCCAGUGAAGAACUCCUCACAUAUGAUGAAUUCCACCCAUUUCUUUUUGCCCAGCAUGCAAAGAACCCCUAUUUGGAGUUUGAUAGUUUUGACAAGGCAGUGGAUGAGUUUUUUUCUAAGAUGGAGAGUCAGAAGAUUGACAUGAAGGCCUUGCAUCAGGAGAAACAGGCCUUGAAGAAGCUGGAAAAUGUUAAGAGGGACCACGGGCAGAGAUUGGAGGCCUUGCACCAAGCACAGGAGAUCGACCGGAUAAAGGGUGAACUGGUGGAGAUUAACCUUCCUGUGGUAGAGAGGGCGCUGCAGGUGGUGCGCAGUGCACUGGCCAAUCAGGUGGACUGGACAGAGAUCGGCAUUAUAGUCAAAGAGGCACAAGCUGCCGGUGACCCUGUGGCCUGCGCCAUCAAGGAUCUGAAGCUGCAGACCAACCAUAUCACCAUGCUUUUAAAGAAUCCAUAUAUUUCUGAGGAAGACCAGGAAGAGGAGGAGAAAAAAGAUGUGGUAGAGGAGAAAGGGAAGAAAAACAAGAAUAAAGACAGAGGACAGAGCAAGAAGUUGCAAAGGAACAAGCCCAUGUUAGUGGAUGUGGAUCUUGGCCUGUCGGCUUACGCCAAUGCCAAAAAAUACUAUGACUUCAAACGCAGCGCUGAGAAGAAGGAACAAAAAACCAUCGAAGCAGCAGAUAAGGCCAUGAAAUCUGCAGAGAAAAAAACACAUAAAACGCUAAAAGAGGUUCAGACUGUGACCACCAUUCAAAAGGCCAGAAAGGUCUACUGGUUUGAGAAGUUCUUGUGGUUCAUCAGCUCCGAGAAUUAUCUGGUCAUCGCAGGAAGAGAUCAGCAGCAGAAUGAGAUGAUUGUCAAACGCUACCUCCGGGCAGGUGAUGUCUACGUUCAUGCUGACCUCCAUGGAGCAACCAGCUGUGUGAUCAAAAACCCCUCGGGUGACCCCAUCCCUCCACGUACCCUGACAGAGGCUGGCACUAUGGCUGUGUGCUACAGUGCUGCUUGGGAUGCCAAGAUCAUCACCAGCGCUUGGUGGGUUCAUCAUCAUCAGGUGUCUAAAACUGCCCCCACGGGAGAGUACCUAACCACCGGCAGUUUCAUGGUCAGAGGAAAGAAAAACUUUCUGCCACCUUCUUACUUGAUCAUGGGCUUUGGAUUCCUCUUCAAGGUCGAUGAGCAGAGUGUGUUUCGGCACCGAGGAGAGAGAAAGGUGAAGACCGUAGAGGAAGAUAUGGAGGAUGUAGCGUCCAAAACUGCUGAGCUGUUGGAGGAGGGAGAGGAGCUGAUAGGUGAUGACAGCGGUAAUGAAGAUCAGGGUGAGGGAGGAGAUGGAGAGACGGAAAAGAAGAUUAAAAAUGAAGCUGAGGGGGAUGAUGGUGCGAGUCGAGAACUGGACGCUGUUCCUGAGGAGGACAACAUGGAGGCGGAGGAGGAGGAGGGGAAAGACGAAGAAAAUGGAGAGGAAGAGGAGAUGAAGGAUGAAGAAAGUGAAGAGUUCAGCUUUCCAGACACAACCAUCUCCCUCCCUCAUUUACAGCCCAGCAGGAGCGCUCAGAACCCUGGUUUCAAAAAGGAAGAGACCACUCAGGUGGAGGUAGACUCGCAGGGGAGGAAACACAUGACUGCAAAGCAGAGAAGAGAAGAGAAGAAGAAGAAGCAGAAACAGGAAGAGUGCGACACAGAGGAGAAGACUGAGGGUUCAGCUGGCAGGUCAGCGGUCGAUCAGGGAUCCAAAGGUGGAGGAGGCUCCUCCCAGCAGCCGCUGAAGAGAGGCCAAAGGAACAAGUUAAAGAAGAUUAAAGAGAAGUACAAGGACCAGGAUGAAGAGGACAGGGAGCUGAGGAUGCAGCUGCUCGGGUCAGCUGGAACCACCAAGGAAGAUAAAGAUAAGGGGAAGAAAGGAAAGAAGGGGAAGGGGAAAGAUGAACCCGUCAGGAAAUCGGCCCCACAGAAACCACCUCAGAAACCUCGUAACGUGGAGACGGCAGCGAAGAAGCCAGAGCAGACAGAAGGAGCGGAGGAUACUGAGGAGAGAGCGCCUGGAGAGGAGGCAGCUCCUGCUGACCAGGAGGAAAAGGAAGAUGAGGCGGACCCAGACAACCCCGGAGCAGAGGAAGCAGAGAACCUGCUUACCUCUCUGACGGGCCAGCCUCAUGCCGAAGACGUGCUGCUGUUCGCUGUGCCAGUCUGUGCUCCAUACACCUCCCUGACCAGCUACAAACACAAGGUUAAACUGACACCAGGUUCUCAGAAGAAAGGGAAAGCUGCACGUACUGCAGUUCUCAGCUUUAUGAAAGCCAAAGAGUCGUCGACCAGAGAGAAAGACCUGUUCCGCAGUGUCAAGGAUGCUGAUCUAUCCAGAAACAUGCCAGGAAAAGUUAAAGUGUCCGCACCAAACCUGCUGGCUGCCAAGAAGAAAUGAGACGAGCGACCCCAGACCCCUCAGUAUUGUAUUUGUUGAACAAUUUGUCUAAAAUGAACACAUGUAAAUUAACAAAGCUAAACAUGAUACAUCUUG